GUCAUAUGUGCGUGUGCUUCAGCGAGCAGUUUGUUGAGAGGAGUUUGACGGCGGACAGCAGAGCUUCUCUCAGCUGGAAAACUUCUUUCUAAAAUCGGACGUUUUUCUCUGUUAUAUGAUGGAUGUGCCAUCACCCUGCAGUGGCUAUGACAUCACUGAGAGUGGAGCCAAUAAGAAACAAAUCCAAUCAGAAUGCAUCUCAAGCCAGCCAACAACCAAUGGGAUGCUCCCACAUCACGGCGAAGAGGUGGCUCCUCCCCCUCUCUCUGAUAGGUCAGAAGACAGUGACAGCGGUGAUGACUCUCUAACGGACAGCUCUCUCACCAAUGACAGCUCUCGACUCCUGCCUGCUCCGCCCGCCUCUGCCUCCCGGAAACAGAAAGGUGCAGACAGCGCAUCAGUGUCUCCUCCUCCCCCCAUCUGUACUCCUCCCUCUUCCUCCUUCAACUCUCCUCCUCCUCCUCCUCCUCCUUCAUCUCAGUCGUCCAUCUGCAAAAGACACCAUCACCAUCGUCAUCUUCAACACAGCAGCGACCGGAAGCGUUUCUCCUCCACGAAAAGCAACGCCUCUUUAAAGACGGACGCCGCCCACAUCAAGGAGGUCGCUGGAGAUGACUGUUGCGCUCACUGUCUCCUGGCCUGUCUGUUCUGCGAGUUGCUGUCCAUGUGUUCGGCUCUGGGGGAGUGUCUGGUGUGUGGAGUGGGCGGGGCCGGGUGUUGCGACUCUGCGAUUUGCUGCUGCUGUUGCGUGGAGGCGGCGGGGGAGGCGGCCUGCACAGAGGAGGCGUGUCAGGCUGUGUUGGAUUGUGGGAUACUGGAGGACUGCUGCAGCUCUUCUGACUGUUUGGAGAUCUGUCUGGAGUGCUGCUCCAUCUGCUUCCCCACAUAAUGGAGCCAAUCAGAGAGGAGCUACAGGAUGAUGUCAGAGCCUUGGAAGUGCGAUGACUCUGUUCAGCCUGCAGAUGGACCUGCAACUGAUCAGGAGUCCAGGAUGGAUGACAUCCAGCAGUCCAGAGUCCAGAACUGUCCAUCAUUCAUCACCUGGAUCAAAACAUUCUGGAGACCUCAAGAGUCCCACUGAGACACAAACCCUCAUUUUGAAAGGUGUCCAGGCAGAGACCAUCCACCGUCUGUCAGUCCAUCCACCUGUCUGUCUGCCCAUCUACCCGUCUGUCCAUCCACCUGUCUGUCCAUCAACCGUCUGUCAGUCCAUCCACCUGUCUGUCCACCCACCGUCUGUCAGUCCAUCCACCUGUCUGUCUGUCAUCCACCUUUCUGUCCAUCCAUCUGUCUGUCCAUCCACCUGUCUGUCCAUCCCCCGUCUGUCAGUCCAUCCACCUGUCUUUCUAUCCACCUGUCUGUCCCUCCACCCCUCUGUCUCAGUAUUGGCUUUCCAGGAAAGAUUUUCAGAUAUAAUUGGACUUUCAGGUCAUUUUGCAGAUGAACAAACUGUGAAAACACAAUAAUCAGAGAACAAAUCUUCAGUAGAACCUUCAUGAUGGUUCUAUACAGGUUCUGUUCUGCUCUGAAACUUUGCGAUUUGGUGGCAUAUAAAGCAGCAGCAUACAGUAAAAUCACUUACUGAUUACUGAUGCAUUCAUGUGUUCAUCACUUGAAUGUUGCAGCUGCUAAAGGUGGAACUCAUUUUAAUGUAUUUCUAUACGGUUGGUAGUUUCAUCUAAAAUGAUAGAUUAUAAUUCAUGAGUUGGUUUAUAUUUGUAUUAUUAUUCUGAAUCUGCAAAGUCCUUCCUUUGCAGAUUCCUUUAUACUUUGAAGUGGGGUCAAAGUAUAAAGGAAAAGAGUAAAACAGAAGUACUGACAGGAAGUAAAAAGACAACGUGAAUGUUUUUAUAAGUGAUUGUUUGUCUGCAGCAGAAAUAAAUCUCUUUUUCAGACUCUCUAACAGUUCAGCUCAUCUCUAUGAAACCAGCCUGCUGCUUUCUUUGUGUCUGUGAUUGACAGCU